AUGUCCAUCAAGUGCAACGGGCCAUUCAAGAGCUCACGGUACACCAAUUAUUCAAAGAGCUUCUCUGGGCGUCGCUUUUUCAGCCAAUCAAGAGCAUUCCCAGUCUUGCACAAGGAGUCUUUCUGGGAUGGUUACAAGGCGUAUAAAAAUCCAUCUGCAGCCGACGCGCCGUCGCCUGCAUCAGAUGGUCAGGGUUCGAAAUUUCCGUCGCCCUUCCACCGUGCCCGCCGCCAUAUUUCACCGCUUUUACUCCUCAACAUGUUUUCCAUUGCCGAACGCUAUGCACCAUCUUCCUCUCUCCCGUCAUCGCUGCUCCGAGAGCCAACCCCGAUGUGGACUGCAGGCGAUCAGUACUUUAACGUUGCCAAGACACUUCUUGACAACACCUAUGCAUCUUCCUUGCCAAGCACCGUCCAAGCUCUCCUAUUACCCGGGUACCGAGAGAUUGGGAUUGGUGCCAUGGCCAAGCCUGGGUGUACAUGGGUAUGGCAGUACGUAUGGCGCAGGAUAUUAAUCCUAGACACUGCGUUAGCCCUCAGUCGUGAUGGAACAGACUGUAUUAUAAUAUACCUAGACACUGCGUUAGCCUAG